CAACUACUCCGUAAUCCAGGCAUUUCUUAUUUGGAAAACAAGAGCCAAAAUACCUGAUUAUCCAAGGGGCCAUUCAUCAUCGUCCUCUGGUGUGUACGGCUUAGGACCGAGGUACCCUGCCUUGAUGUUGUUUCGCCCUUUCCACUUGCAUCCCAGCAUCACCUAUUUCCCGGUUUUCAAGGCUGUGGCUUCGGUCCACGCCUCGGUACUCCACCUUCAGCUAGCACAUUAUCAUUACGGUACGAUUGUUUGUCCUUCACUUGGACGGAUCCUGUCUACAAAUUUUCCCUGACAGCUCCUGCAUAGUAACGCCCACUGCAGCAUGGCAUCAUAGCAUCUCUUCUGAUUCACGUGAUCAAGGGCAGUUCAACCGAGUUGCCUUCACCACAAUGGCAACGCAGACUAAACCAUUGAGGUACGCAGAUGUUGGCAUCAAUCUUGGAGAUCCAGUCUUUCGUGGGAGUUACCAUGGAAAGCAGAGUCAUGACGACGACCUUGAAGAUGUGAUAAAGCGAGCCAAAGAUGUGGGUUGCACAAAAUUGAUGGUGACGGGGUCCAACCUGGUCGAGUCAGCACACGCCGUCCAACUGGCCAAGCAGCAUCCUGGAACGUGCUAUGCUACUAUUGGUGUACAUCCAUGUUCAACGCAGGAUUUCGAUAGCUACGCCGGCGGACCGGAGCAGUUGAUCCAGGACCUGGGUGUGAUGGCUCGUGAGGCCAAAGCGAAUGGACUUGCAGUAGCAUUCGGCGAGAUCGGGCUUGAUUACGAUCGUUUGUUCCUCUCACCCAAAGAAACCCAGCUGAAGUAUUUCAAGUUACAACUCGACCUCGCAGCGGAGAUGCAUUUGCCGUUAUUUUUACACUCGAGGGCUUGCAGCCAGGACUUUGAAGAUAUAUUGCGGCCACGACUGUACCAAUUUCCCAAGAGGGGCUUGGUGCACAGUUUUACCGGCACGGUGGGCGAGUUGGAGUCACUGAUUGACCUCGGGUUCGACGUGGGAAUCAACGGGUGCAGUAUGAAGACGGAAGAUAAUCUAAUGGCGGUCAGGGCACUUCCCCUGGACCGACUGCAAAUCGAGACGGAUGGACCUUGGUGUGAGAUACGGCCUUCGCAUGCCUCGUCGCAAUACUUGAAAGAUGCACCCCCGUUACCCAAGGCUGUCAAAAAGGAAAAGUGGCAGAAGGGAUUGAUGGUCAAGGGAAGGAAUGAGCCCGUGGCAAUUGUAAACGUCGCUCACGUGAUUGCCAAAGUCAAAGGCGUGCCUGUCGAGGUUGUUUGCGAGGCGGCCUGGACAAACACGAUCAAAAUGUUUGGACUGGGAGAGGGGUCCAAGGGCGAGGCGUCAGAAUCGCAGAGGGAAUUAGACUAGCACCCGAAGGUUCCGUGUCUACGUGGAUGGAUAAUCAUGGUGGACCCGGACCAAGGUAUACAGUCCUGUACGAGUAUCUGGCCAAGAAAUAGAGGAAUGGCUUUGGAGGCGAGAUGGUAACAUCAAGCUGGGCUUCGGCCCACAUCUUGUGCCCAUGUCAAGGGACAACGGACAAGGCCAACAUGCCCGAGGGCACCAGUGCGGGAUGUAGACUGUGCGUCAUGGCCACAACAUGACAUGGUUGCACAUGUAUACCUUGCCAUCCAUAGCGACAAAAGAGUGGAAGGCUGAACCGGACACGAUAAUUGUUGGCAGGUACCUAGUUGCAACUUUGAGC